UCUUCAGGUGCCCCCGGCGCCCCUCAGCCUCGGUCUGGCGGGUCGAGAGGGACUGCCGAGCGCCAUCCCUCGCUGCGAAGCCGUUGAGCUUUAGCCUCCCGGUCUCCGGCCCAGGGCGUCGGGCGGCUGGCGGCGGCGCGGGUUUUGGGGGAUAGAGGCUCUCUGCCCGGCACGGUGGUUAAGGGGACCAGGACUUUCAAUACCCAGUGUUGGCGCUUCGCCCAGUCUCGUGAGACGUAGGAUUCUGCCUUCUCUGAUCGCUGCUAUAGAAGACAAACAAGCGAAGGCUUUUUCCUCCUUUCAUCAUGGCUCAGUUUGGAGGACAGAAGAAUCCGCCAUGGGCUACUCAGUUUACAGCCACUGCGGUAUCUCAGCCAGCUGCGUUGGGUGUUCAACAGCCAUCACUCCUUGGAGCAUCUCCUACCAUUUACACACAGCAAACUGCAUUAGCAGCAGCGGGCCUUACGACACAAACCCCAGCAAACUAUCAGUUAACUCAGACUGCGGCGCUGCAGCAACAAGCUGCAGCUGCAGCAGCUGCAUUGCAACAGCAAUAUUCACAACCUCAGCAGGCCUUGUAUAGUGUGCAACAGCAGUUACAGCAACCUCAACAAACCCUUUUAACACAGCCAGCUGUUGCACUGCCUACAAGCCUUAGCCUGUCUACUCCUCAGCCUGCAGCACAGAUAACUGUAUCAUAUCCAACACCUAGGUCCAGUCAGCAACAAACCCAGCCUCAAAAACAGCGUGUUUUUACAGGUGUAGUUACAAAACUACAUGAUACGUUCGGAUUUGUGGAUGAAGAUGUGUUCUUUCAGCUUAGUGCUGUCAAAGGGAAAACCCCCCAAGUGGGUGACAGAGUAUUGGUUGAAGCUACAUAUAAUCCCAAUAUGCCUUUUAAAUGGAAUGCACAAAGAAUUCAGACGCUACCAAACCAGAAUCAAUCCCAAACUCAACCUUUACUGAAGACUCCUCCUGCUGUACUUCAGCCAAUUGCACCACAGACGACAUUUGGUGUUCAGGCUCAGCCUCAGCCCCAGUCCCUGCUACAGGCACAGAUUUCAGCAGCUUCUAUUACACCAUUAUUGCAGACUCAGCCACAGCCUUUAUUACAGCAGCCACAGCAGAAAGCUGGUUUAUUGCAGCCUCCUGUCCGUAUAGUUUCACAGCCACAACCAGCACGGAGAUUAGAUCCACCAUCCAGAUUUUCAGGAAGGAAUGACAGAGGGGAUCAAGUGCCUAACAGAAAAGAUGAUAGAAGUCGUGAAAGGGAGAGAGAAAGACGUAGAUCCAGAGAAAGAUCUCCUCAGAGAAAACGUUCCCGGGAGAGAUCUCCUCGAAGAGAGAGAGAACGAUCACCUCGAAGAGUUCGACGUGUUGUUCCACGUUACACAGUUCAGUUUUCAAAAUUUUCUUUAGAUUGUCCUAGUUGUGACAUGAUGGAACUAAGGCGCCGUUAUCAGAAUUUAUAUAUACCUAGUGACUUUUUUGAUGCUCAGUUUACAUGGGUGGAUGCUUUCCCUUUGUCAAGACCAUUUCAGCUGGGAAAUUACUGCAAUUUCUAUGUAAUGCACAGAGAAGUAGAGUCCUUAGAAAAAAAUAUGGCCGUUCUUGAUCCACCAGAUGCUGACCAUUUAUACAGUGCAAAGGUAAUGCUGAUGGCUAGUCCUAGUAUGGAAGAUUUGUAUCAUAAGUCAUGUGCUCUUGCCGAAGACCCACAAGAACUUCGAGAUGGAUUUCAACAUCCUGCUAGACUUGUUAAGUUUUUAGUGGGCAUGAAAGGCAAGGAUGAAGCCAUGGCCAUUGGAGGCCACUGGUCUCCUUCGCUGGAUGGACCAGACCCAGAAAAAGACCCAUCUGUGUUGAUUAAGACUGCUAUUCGUUGUUGUAAGGCUCUGACAGGCAUUGAUCUAAGUGUAUGCACACAAUGGUACCGUUUUGCAGAGAUUCGCUACCAUCGCCCUGAGGAGACCCACAAGGGGCGUACAGUUCCAGCUCAUGUGGAGACAGUGGUUUUAUUUUUCCCGGAUGUUUGGCAUUGCCUUCCCACCCGCUCAGAGUGGGAAACCCUCUCCCGAGGAUACAAGCAGCAGCUGGUCGAGAAGCUUCAGGGUGAACGCAAGGAGGCUGAUGGAGAACAGGAUGAAGAAGAGAAGGAUGAUGGUGAAGCUAAAGAAAUUUCCACUCCUACCCAUUGGUCUAAACUUGAUCCAAAGACAAUGAAGGUAAAUGACCUUCGAAAAGAAUUAGAAAGUCGAGCCCUUAGUUCCAAAGGAUUAAAAUCUCAGUUAAUAGCCCGAUUGACAAAACAGCUUAAAGUAGAAGAGCAAAAAGAAGAACAAAAGGAAUUAGAGAAAUCAGAGAAAGAAGAGGAAGAGGAGGAUGAUAGGAAAUCUGAAGAUGAUAAAGAGGAAGAAGAAAGAAAACGUCAAGAAGAAAUGGAACGCCAGCGUCGGGAAAGAAGAUAUAUUUUGCCGGAUGAACCAGCCAUCAUAGUACAUCCAAACUGGGCUGCAAAAAGUGGCAAGUUUGACUGUAGCAUUAUGUCCUUGAGUGUACUUUUGGACUACAGAUUAGAGGAUAAUAAAGAACAUUCAUUCGAGGUUUCAUUGUUUGCAGAACUUUUCAAUGAAAUGCUUCAAAGAGAUUUUGGUGUCAGAAUAUACAAAUCGUUAUUAUCUCUUCCUGAGAAAGAGGACAAAAAAGAAAAGGAGAAGAAAAGCAAAAAAGAUGAGAGAAAAGAUAAAAAAGAAGAUAGAGAUGAUGAAACUGAUGAACCAAAACCCAAGCGGAGAAAAUCAGGCGAUGAUAAGGAUAAAAAAGAAGAUAGAGAUGAAAGGAAGAAAGAAGAUAAAAGAAAAGAUGAUUCUAAAGAUGAUGAUGAAACUGAAGAAGAUAAUAAUCAGGAUGAGUAUGAUCCAAUGGAAGCAGAAGAAGCUGAGGAUGAAGAAGAUGAUAGGGAUGAGGAAGAAAUAAACAAACGAGAUGACAAAAGAGAUGUCAACAGGUACUGCAAGGAGAGACCCUCUAAAGAUAAGGAAAAAGAAAAGACUCAGAUGAUCACGAUUAACAGGGAUUUGUUAAUGGCAUUUGUUUAUUUUGAUCAAAGCCAUUGUGGUUACCUUCUUGAAAAGGAUUUGGAAGAAAUACUUUAUACUCUUGGACUACAUCUUUCUCGGGCUCAGGUAAAGAAACUUCUGAAUAAAGUAGUACUCCGUGAAUCUUGCUUUUACCGGAAAUUAACAGACACUUCAAAAGAUGAAGAAAACCAUGAAGAGUCUGAAGCAUUGCAGGAAGAUAUGCUAGGAAACAGGUUGUUACUUCCAACACCAACAGUAAAACAGGAACCAAAGGAUGUGGAAGAAAAUGUUGGUCUUAUCGUGUACAAUGGUGCAAUGGUAGAUGUAGGAAGCCUCUUGCAAAAAUUGGAAAAAAGUGAAAAAGUAAGAGCUGAAGUAGAACAGAAGCUGCAAUUGCUAGAAGAAAAAACGGAUGAGGAUGAAAAAACCAUAUUAAAUUUGGAGAAUUCCAACAAAAGCCUCUCUGGUGAACUCAGAGAAGUUAAAAAGGACUUUAGUCAGUUACAAGAAAACUUAAAGAUUACAGAAAACAUGAAUUUGCAAUUUGAAAACCAACUCAGUAAGACAAUCAGAAACUUAUCUACAGUAAUGGAUGAAAUCCACACUGUUCUGAAGAAGGAUAACGUGAAGAAUGAAGAUAAAGAUCAGAAAUCCAAGGAGAAUGGUGCAAGCGUAUGAUAAAUACAUGUAGCAGUGAGGAACGGUGUUAAAUAAUGUAAUAUAUAAAAUCAUGAUACAAGAAUGUUUGAAAGUGAUGCAUGUUUGAUUUUAGUAGUAUAAAUAUCUGUUAGUUCAAAUGAUGUAUAAAGUUUUAUGAAUGUGAAGAGUCUCUGCUUUUGAAAAUUGCUUGUAAUUCCUGGCAUUCAAAUAUUAAACACUCCUUGAGUGAAAUAAUUUUGCAUUGCAAAAUGUUUUAGGAUGAACUUUGUUAUAGUUUUAACCCCAAUAAAGUUCAUCAAUUUAAUUGAUAGUAGUAUUUAAUUACCAAAUGUCUUUUAUUAAAAUAUCUAGAAAAUUGUAAUUUUAUUUAUAGAACUACCAUUAUUAGGUUUUUAUAAAAAUUUUUCAGUCUUCUAAAAUUUCAGUAUAAAUCAUAAAAUAGCAUGCUGCUUAAUUUUUUGCAAGUUUUUGAACCAUACUUUUUUACUUGUUUAAAAAAAUCCCUUUAAUUAUCAGUCUCUAAGCCAUUCAUUACAAAUUCAAUUAUCCAAAAGACAGUACAUCAAAAAUUAAGAAAAUAAUAGACCAUUACCAUUGUUAUUAUAUGUUAGACUUACAAAAAACGAACAGUACUGAUGUUAAUGUUACUACUUUCAGUUAAUUGUUCUACUUUCCCAAAAUAGCACCUAUAUUUUAAUUUUGAGGGUUUUUUUUUUUUAAAUGCAGUAUAUGUCAAAUGUACAGUUUAGUACCAAGCCAGUAGAUGUCAGUAUGAUGUCUUAAGUUAAGCCUUCUUUAAUUAAAAAUAAUUUUUUUAUUA